CCAACCUGUGGAAUCUUGGGGGUACCCAAGGUCGGCUUCUUCGCAUUGACUGUGGAUGGUACCUGGCACAGAGCCUCUGGUGGCUCGUAGGGAGCUUGGGGGUCCGCAGGGUGAGGCGGAGGGGAGUGUCAGUGUCAGAGUGUGAGUGGGGUACGGGCGUUCUAAACUUAGUCUUGAGGCCCUCGGGUCUCCCGUGCCGGGGAAGGGAGCUCGGGCCGCCAUGCGCGACAGGACCCACGAACUGAGGCAGGGGGAUGACAGUUCGGACGAUGAGGACAAGGAGCGGGUCGCGCUGGUGGUACACCCGGGCACCGCACGGCUGGGGAGCCCGGACGAUGAGUUCUUCCAAAAGGUCCGGACAAUUCGACAGACUAUUGUCAAGCUGGAGAAUAAAGUCCGAGAGUUGGAGAAGCAGCAGGUCACCAUCCUGGCCACGCCCCUUCCCGAGGAGAGUAUGAAGCAGGACCUGCAGAACCUGCGUGAUGAGAUCAAACAGCUGGGGAGGGAGAUCCGAGCGCAGCUGAAGGCCAUAGAGCCCCAGAAGGAGGAAGCUGAUGAGAAUUAUAACUCAGUCAACACAAGGAUGAAAAAAACCCAGCAUGGGGUCCUGUCCCAGCAAUUCGUGGAGCUCAUCAACAAGUGCAACUUGAUGCAGUCGGAAUAUCGGGAGAAGAAUGUGGAGCGGAUUCGGAGGCAGCUGAAGAUCACAAAUGCUGGAAUGGUGUCUGACGAAGAGCUGGAGCAGAUGCUGGACAGUGGGCAGAGUGAGGUGUUUGUAUCCAAUAUACUGAAGGACACACAAGUGACUCGACAGGCCCUAAAUGAGAUCUCAGCCCGGCACAGUGAGAUCCAGCAGCUUGAACGCAGUAUCCGUGAACUUCAUGAGAUCUUCACUUUUCUGGCUACUGAAGUGGAGGUGCAGGGGGAGAUGAUCAACCGGAUUGAGAAAAACAUCCUGAGCUCAGCAGACUAUGUGGAACGGGGGCAGGAACAUGUCAAGAUGGCCCUGGAGAACCAGAAGAAGGCACGGAAGAAAAAAGUUUUGAUCGCCAUCUGUCUGUCUGUCACUGUCCUCAUUGUGGCAGUGAUCAUUGGUGUCUCCAUAUUGGUUUGAGAACAUCGCACGUUCUUGGCACUAAGAGCACCAGGGACCCAGGUCUUCCUUCUCUCCCAGCAGCUGAGGGGGGAGGGCAGGACAGAGCCUCCAGCUGGACCCCCUUCCUCACAUUGGCCCUGUGCAGAGGGGCAGACAGUUCUUCUGGGGUUGGCAGCCACUCAUUCAUGGGGGCUUCC